AUGGCUUGUAAACGCCUCCUGCUCGUGAUCGGGGUCGUCGCCGCGGCGAGCGCGGGCGCAUCUGGUGCGCCGCCUCCGCAGCCGGCGCGCAUCCAAGCGGACGUCGUCGUGACGGGCUUCGUGCCCUGCAACAACGGCACGUCCAUGAGAGCGGGCUCUGCUCCAGGGUUCCCAGGCGCGCUGGUGCAGCUGCAGUGCACGGGUGAGGGCGCCGCCGGCGCCCUGGCGGCGAACGCGACGACGGACGGCAAGGGGUGGUUCCGCAUGGCGGUGAACACGACGGUGGCGCCGUCGAGCGUGGCGACCAGCUGCAGCCUCGUGGUGGACACCCCGCUGGCCGCCUGCAACGCGACGCUCCCGGCCACCGGGGCGCUCCGCUCCGGCCUCCGGCUGCUCGUCAGCAUGGUCUUCUUCCCGCGGGGUUUCUCCUACGUGGCGACGUCGGCCGAUGAUUCGCCAGCUGCUUAG